CCUUCUUCCCUCCUGAACGUGCUUAUUCCAUUUUCUUCAUUAUUCGUAUAUAUUGAGGCAUCUGAAGACCUGUUAUUUAGUCGAUCUGCUUUGAUCGUCGCACCUUCUGCGGUCUCAGUGUAGUGGUUCGCCUCUGCUUCGAUAAUUAUUGUCAACAUGAUCGAAAUAAGGAUUCUAUUCUUCGUAGCUUUGUAUUCGACAACCACCUCUUCGCACCCUUACUUCGAUGGCUUCAGCAGGAACCCUUUCAAUCAGGGAUAUGGCCUUUUCAACUACGCAAACCAAAUUCCCUACAAUACGUAUCUGCCAAGUUUCCCAGAGCCCGAUCUGACUUUUUACCAGUCGCAGCAUCAAACCUUGAAUUUAAUUGCCGAAACGCCCCAAGUGAUCGGCACUACAUUUUCUAUUGUGCCAAUGUUCGCCAUACCGAGAGAUAACGUAAAUAUGGUGUCGAGUGCGGAUAUACUGGGCGUAUCGCAAAAGAAGCCCAUGUUGACCAUAAGGACAGAAUCGAAUUCCCUACUACAAUGCGUGCCAGGAGUGAGGAUAGAGUUGGAGCAGCCGAUGUGGAUCUACGCCUUGAAGAAGACUAGUAUUGUGUUUCCGUCGGAAAUCCUCAUUUAUCACGGAGGCUAUAGAAUACCCCUGAAAGUCGGAGCAGUCCUGGCUCCGGUCACCCAAGAUUCCUUCUUCUUUAACCAAGUUCCAGUUGAGGUUAGAGUUGUUUACGCCGUGCCGGUUCCUUCCAAACCAAUCAGGGUUGAAACUGUUACGACGACCCAGCAAGUGCAGAAUACAGUAUUCGAAACUGUCGACAAUCAAGCAGUAGUGGUAGAUGCCAAUGAAUUUGAGGGUGGACAAGGCAAUAUAUCGGGAGUUUUUGAUAACCCAAAAAAUGUAACCGUUGUAGAGUUUCCCAAUAACGUAGCUUCACCAACACUUCCAGUAGCCGAUGAAGAUGAGGAGUUAGUAAACCGCAAUCCACCACAAGUUUUGGCACCCGCGGGGAUCGUACAAUCCACCCAACCGGAAAUAGUAAUAGAGCCUUUCCACAACUCGAAAGAGUCUCCUGUUUUAACACAACUCAAGGAGGAGAAAUUGAAGCAGAAACUGAAGAUAAGAGAUGUACAAGGUCAAAUUCAAAACGCAACGCAUCCUCCCUCAUCUGAUGUAUGAAAUAUGUAGAUAAAUUAUUUAUUAUUAAUAAAUUUGUGAACAAUUGGAAAUUGUUUGGAAUCGAAUUUCGUAGGAAAAAAAUUGUAACAUAAAUUGUAAUAUAAAGAAUUGAAACUUG